GAUUUUGUUGUUGUAUCAAACUCACUUCGCUGACAACGUUGGCUUUAAUUGUCACACUCCAUUAUAAUAUACAUUAUCAGAACUCCGAAAACAACUAGAAAAUGUCUGAGGAAAAGAAGACUGAAACCGAGCACAUCAACCUGAAGGUGUUGGGCCAGGAUAAUGCGGUCGUACAAUUCAAGAUCAAGAAACACACGCCUCUGCGCAAACUAAUGAACGCCUAUUGCGAUCGAGCUGGCCUUUCCAUGCAAGUGGUGCGAUUUCGUUUCGAUGGACAACCGAUCAAUGAGAACGACACACCUACCUCGCUAGAAAUGGAAGAGGGCGACACAAUCGAAGUCUACCAACAACAAACUGGCGGCCAAUUUGAUAAAACAUUGUCAAGGGGCUUAUGUUCGCGCCAUUGAAACGCCGCUUGUUCAAUUGGCUUUCAUUUUUGCACCAUAUCUUUAUAUACACACACACACAUAUAUACACAUACAUAUAUAUAUAUAUAUUGUAUAGCUAUAUAUAGAAGACAACGCCGCCGAAUCAUAUUUUGAUAUUGUACAGUUACACUGCUGCGAUUGCAUUUGCAGAAACAAUAAAAAGUAUUUAAGAAUGAACUCUGACAUUUCAUCGAAACGAAA